GUCCAUAAAUAUUGAGCGUGCCCAUCUCGAUCCGCCACUGCCGGCAGUAACCAACCGUCACACUGACCACUGACCAGUGGAGUGAGUGAUCGGCGAUCAACUGCCAUCCUUUCCUAGCAAUGGCCGGCUGGAGGAAGGCGUGGCUGUCGGUGCUGGACCGGCCCGGCAGCAGCGGAGGAGGAGGAAGCACCGGCUCCCUGCAGGCUCACCUCAACGGCAUCCUCUCCCCGUCCUCCUCCUCCUCGUCCCUCGCCACCAAGCGAGGCGGCAGCGGCGCCGGCGGAGGCAAGCGCGGCGGCGGCCACGUGAGCACCAAGGCGGUCCUGGCAUGUUUCUCCGCAGUGCUGGUGCUCGCCUUCUUCUACGUCUCCAUCACCAGCGGCCCCACCGCCGACGGCUCCUUCCCCUCCCCGUCUUCGUCGUCCGGGGCGCUCCUGUCGUCGUCGAACUCGUCGUCGCCGAAAAAGCCGCUCCCUCCCCGCCCUCCCAUUCCUAGUACUGAGAUUAGCAGUGGCGGUAGUGCCCAGCAGAGCAGCGGCAGCAAUGCAACCGUGGAGGGGCCGCGGCGGGUGCCGAGAAAUGGGGGGGACUGGACGACUCCGGGGUUGGACUCGGGGCAGCCGUUGCCGGUGCUGCAGCAGACGGCAAAAGAGCAAGGUGCUCUCCUUAGUGAUGGAAAUGCCGCCGUCGCCGGAUCGGAGGGGGAUCCCGCGGUCAGCAACGGCACCACGAGGGCCCAAGAACCGCAGGAAGUACUAAUAACUGCAAUGCCGCCGCCGCCGCCCGGGCCGUGGCGGAGAGCGGAUGGGGCCAGCUCCACCGAGAAACUCAUCGUGGGCGGCGCUUCUGAUGAGCCCGCGGACACCGAUGGCGCCCCCGGCAACUCUACUUACGACACGCUGAGUUGGGGCAAAGAAGUCGGAAACACGAACGCCAGCAUCGUCGUCGACAACGUGCCGCCGAACUCGACACGGCAAGCAGCGGCGCUGCCGUCGACGGCACCGCCGGAUCAGCGAAAGGAGGACAACAAGCACAGCCGGCACAGGAGAGCGUACACGGCGCGGCACAAACAACGCUCGACCAGGCGACGGAAGGAUAUCAUCUUCCCGGUCCCGGAGCAGGAAGGUGCCGGCGCCGAGCUGCACAGCGAUGGGGCGCCCGACCUGGCAGGCGCGAACAACAACACCAGCGUGGCCCUCGGGCCCGGUAACCACCGGGUCGUGUGGACGUCGGGCGUGCAGAAGAACCUGGUGUCCUUCGCCAAGUGCGACGUGUUCAGCGGCGGUUGGGUAAGGGAGGAAGGCUACGCGUUCUACCCGCCCGGGUCGUGCCCCCUCAUCGACGACGACUUCAACUGCCACAAGAAUGGCCGCCAGGACACCGACUUCCUCAACUGGCGGUGGCAGCCCAGCGGGUGCGACAUUCCCAGGAUGAACGCGAGUGAUUUUCUUGAGAGGCUGCGAGGCCAGAGGAUCAUAUUCGUGGGCGACUCGCUGAACCGCAACAUGUGGGAGUCUCUGGUCUGCACUCUUCGCCAUGGUGUCAGGAACAAGAAGAGCGUGUACGAAGCGUCAGGGAAGAACCAGUUCAAAACCAGAGGAUACUACUCCUUCAAGUUCAGGGACUACAAUUGCUCAGUUGAUUUCAUAAGAUCAAUAUUUCUGGUCAAGGAGCUUGUACGUGAGAGCAAAAAUGGUACUGUACUGGACGCGAAACUGAGGUUAGACGAGCUGGAUGCAACAACUCCGGCGUAUCAGACUGCCAGCAUCGUCGUCUUCAACACCGGACACUGGUGGACUCACUCAAAAACAUCAAAAGGGCUGAACUAUUAUCAAGAAGGCAAUCAUGUGUACCCCAGCCUUGAGGUGAUGGAUGCAUACAAGAAAGCACUAACCACAUGGGCUAGAUGGGUUGACAAGAACGUUGACCCAGGAAGAACUCAGGUUGUAUUCAGAGGAUUCUCCCUAACACAUUUCAGGGGAGGACAGUGGAACUCAGGAGGGAGAUGCCACAGGGAGACUGAGCCAAUAUUUAACCAGACAUACCUUACCGAGUACCCCGAGAGAAUGAGGAUCCUGGAGCAGGUUCUCAGCCGGAUGAAGACCCCAGUGAUAUACCUCAACAUCAGCAGGCUCACCGAUUACCGGAAAGAUGGUCACCCGUCGGUGUACCGGGUGCGGUACGACACUGAGGAGGAACGAAUGGCAGCGGUGAUGAAGCAGGACUGCAGCCACUGGUGCCUGCCAGGCGUGCCGGAUACGUGGAAUGAACUGCUGUAUGCUUCGCUGCUCCAGGCAGGGAAAGGCUCCUGGAGAUUAUGACAUGAUGAUUACAGGAAUUUGGUUUCUGUUUACACGUAGUUUGUUAAGUUCUGUUCUGUGGUUAGCGGUGGAUAAUGUAGCAGUAAAUCCUGCAUUUAGGUAGACCCAGUUAGCAGUUACUCCUGCAUUUAGGUGGAUAAAGUGGAGUAAUAAUCAUCAGAAGACCGGUAGUUUGUGUACAUUAAGAGACCUGAAUUGCUGAUGGAACAUGUGAAAUUGGAUAAUGCAAGUUCUGCACUCA